GGUAGGUAGUGAGACAGCCAUAUUUGAUUCGGUUAUGCUGUUGUAGCUGAGACGAGCAGUUUAGCCACUCCACCAGAAAAAAGAAAGGGGCUUUUUUCUUAACGACGAGGCCAGCUAAACAUUAAUCUGUGACGACCUCCAGCUGAAUCCACAGCAGCGACGGUUCUGAACCAGUAGUCGACGAUGAAUCCCGAAUAUGACUAUUUAUUCAAACUCCUCCUCAUUGGGGACUCUGGGGUUGGGAAGUCGUGUCUCCUGCUCCGGUUUGCAGAUGACACAUACACAGAGAGCUACAUCAGCACCAUCGGCGUGGACUUCAAGAUCAGGACCAUCGAGUUGGACGGGAAGACCAUAAAGCUGCAGAUUUGGGACACGGCAGGUCAGGAGCGCUUCCGCACCAUCACGUCCAGUUACUACAGAGGAGCUCAUGGCAUCAUAGUGGUUUAUGAUGUGACGGAUCAGGAGUCUUUCAACAACGUCAAACAGUGGCUGCAGGAGAUCGACCGCUACGCCAGCGAGAAUGUCAACAAGCUGCUAGUAGGCAACAAGUGUGACCUCACAACGAAGAAGGUCGUGGACUACACCACAGCUAAAGAGUUUGCAGACAACUUGGGGAUCCCCUUCUUGGAGACCAGCGCCAAGAGCGCCACCAACGUGGAGCAGGCCUUCAUGACCAUGGCGGCAGAGAUCAAGAAGAGGAUGGGCCCCGGGGCCACGGCCGGCGCCUCGGAGAAGUCCAACGUCAAGAUCCAGAGCAAGCCAGUCAACCCCUCACCCGGGGGCUGCUGCUGAGACCCGAAAACCGCCACAAGCUGAACCUCCCCCUCCCCCCACCCCGAGCCCACAACCAGUUCCGAUGUAACCAAGGCAACCAGAAAGAGAGAGAGAGAGAGCGAGCGAAAGGAAGACUCUGAGUGGUUUGUAAUUGUGUGUGCAGCUACAACACCAAGCCCCACCCCCUUGUCAAAAGUCCCCCCCCCCCGCCAACCCCGAACACAACAGGCUUUCUUCUAAUUUCCCAAAACUCAUCCUGGAAAAGCGACGCGUUCCAUUUUUAACAGUGAAAUCAUUUCCUCUGGAGCCCCCCCCCCCAUCUCCUCACACAGCACGAGUUAUUCGGCCCUUCCAAUGAAGCACAUGCUUAAACCAGCAUCGCGCAUGCCCCGCCCCUCGCUGCUCCAACUUCACAGGGCCGCCCCGAAAACGCCGUGCCUUCAGGCAGCAGACCCCCCCCGUCACAUUCAUGCCUUCGGCGCUCUCGUGUUGUUGGCGUUCCCUCGCUGUAACAUUCCCGUGCACGCCUGUGUUCGGUAAGCAUGUGCUGCAUUUGGGAGACUGAUUUCUCCGCUCAUGUUUCUCCACCAACAGCACAACCACGCCCGGAGAAGAACCCCUGCUCAAGAAGAAGCUCCAAACUGUAUAUAUUUAUACAUACCUGUAUGAUUUGCAGAUUGUGUAGAGCAGCAGUGAUGACUAGCUGGAAGUAGAAUUCUCGGCACGUGAUUUGUGGCUGCGGACGUGACAUUUUUGUGGCACAAAUUCAAAUAUUAAACGAUGAAGGAGAUCUUUGAUAA